AAUAUGAAAUUCCCGCGUGUUUUAGCUAAGAACUCAAAGUAGCCUAUGGCUUUUGUUUUAGAAACGAACACUUAAAACACAAUCUCCACUUUCUCUUCAUCUACUCUAUGCCUUCCCCAAAUCUUUACACUCAUAAAUUUCUUCACAAAUUACCCUUCAAGUUCCUGUCUUUACACUCUUUUUCAAGUACAAAAAAUACCAACUUUGAUCAUCUCCCUCCCGAUUUUCAGAGAUUCUUGUCGCUUUUACAUGAAUCCCCGAAUACCCUUUUGUGUGUUAAAUCUAUCCAUGCCCAGAUUAUCACAAAUUCUGCAUCUAAACACCAUUUUUUGGCGUCAAAUUUGGUUAGAAUUUAUAGUGAAUUGGGUUGUUUGGGGGUUGCCAGGAAAGUGUUUGAAAAAAUUCCUCAACCAAAACCCAUCCUUUGUAAUUCAAUGCUUAGUGGGUAUUUGAGAAAUCAGUGUUAUGAGGAAACUAUUGAGUUGUUUGAAUUGAUGGGUGUUUCACAUUGGGGAUUGGAUAGUUACUCGUGUAAUUUUGUGUUGAAGGCUUGUAUGGAACUAAAGGAUUAUGAGAGGGGAAGGGAAGUAAUCAAGAAAGCAGUGGAUAGAAGGGUGGACGGUGAUCGGUUUUUGGGAAGUACAAUGAUUAGUUUCUUUAUGAAAUUCGGCGAAUUUGAUAGUGCCAGAAGGGCUUUUAAUCGGAUGGUUGAAAGAGAUGUCGUUUGCUGGAAUUCGAUGAUCGGUGGUUAUGUAAAGGGAUACUACUAUGACCAGGCAUUUGAUUUGUUUCUUGAGAUGAUAUUGUGUGGUGUUAGGCCAAGUGCUAUAACUAUGGUCAGUUUGGUUCAAGCCUGUGGAGGAAUGAGGAAUUUAGAACGUGGGAAAUGUGUUCAUGGAUUCGUUCUCGUAUUUGGAAUGGGAACCGAUGUUUUGGUUCUCACUGCAUUGAUUGAUAUGUAUAGUAAGAUGGGUGAACAUGAAAGAGCUCGAUUGGUUUUCGAUAUCAUGCCUGCAAAAAAUCUGGUUUCAUGGAAUGCUAUCAUCUCAGGGUAUGUUCAGAAUUGUUUGGUGCAUGAAUCUUUCAGUCUGUUUCAGGAGUUAGUACUAACCUGUGGCAGUUUCGAUUCCGGAACCAUUAUUAGCCUACUCCAGGGUUGUGCUCAUGUAGCUGAUUUGGAAAGUGGGAAGGUUCUCCAUGGCUAUAUUUUCCGAAGAGGCCUCGAUAUGAACCUUAUUUUGUGUACAGCAAUGGUAGAUUUGUAUUCAAAGUGUGGUGCCUUAAAGGAGGCAACUUUUGUUUUUGACAGGAUGAAAGAUCGCAAUGUGAUUACAUGGACUGCUAUGCUUGUCGGACUAGCACAAAAUGGGCAUGCUGAAGAUGGCAUCAAAUUAUUUGGCCGCAUGCAAGAAGAGGGAGUCGUUGCUAAUUCUAUAACUCUGGUUAGUUUAGUUCACUGUUGUGCUCAUUUGGGUUCGUUGAGGAAAGGAAGGAGUGUCCAUGCUCGAUUACUUCGGCACGGGCACACUUUUGACGUCGUUAACCGGACAGCCUUGAUCGAUAUGUAUGCCAGGUGCGGAAAUAUUAAUUAUGCAGAGAGAGUAUUUGAAGAUGGGUCCUUUAAAGAUGUUAUAUCAUGGAAUUCUAUGAUAACGGGCUAUGGCAUGCAUGGUCAAGGGCACAAAGCUCUUGAUAUCUAUUGUCGAAUGUUAGAGGAGGGACUUGAGCCAAAUCAAACUACAUUCGUCUCUCUUCUAUCUGCUUGUAGUCACUCGGGGCUUGUGGAACGGGGAAGAAGUUUGUUUCUGAGCAUGGAAAAAGAUCAUAACAUCAAGCCUACCGAGAAGCACUACGCUUGCUAUGUCGAUCUUCUUAGCAGAGCAGGACAUCUCGAAGAAGCGGAGGCAUUGGUAAAACAAAUGCCCUAUCAAUGCCGCCGCGAAGCUUUCGAAGCGUUGUUAAGCGGAUGUAGAAUGCAUAGAAACAUCGAUAUUGGCACAAAAACUGCAGACUAUUUAUUAAGUUUGGAUGCAACAAACCCAGGAAUUUAUGUCACACUAUCAAACAUAUACGCUGAAGCAAGGAGAUGGGAUGCAGUAGAUCACAUUCGAGGUCUCAUGAGGAGACGGGGACUGAAAAAAACACCCGGAUACAGCCUGAUUGAAGUCGGAAAGCAGCUCCAUGCGUUUUUCGCAGGAGAAGAAUCGCAUCCAAAUUCAGAUGAAAUCGAUCAGAUUCUCGAGAACUUGAAAUCUGAACUCGAAGCUUCGGGUUACAUCCCGGAUACAAGUUGUGUUCUUCGUGACGUAGACGAGGCAAUGAAGAUCAAAUCGCUGUGGAGGCACAGUGAGAGGUUAGCUAUUGCUUUCGGACUUCUACGUACACCGGAAGGAAGCUUGAUAAGAAUCACCAAGAACCUCCGUGUAUGUAGCGAUUGCCAUACAGUGACUAAAUAUAUAUCAGUGGUGGUAAAGAGGGAGAUUAUCGUAAGAGAUGCUAACCGUUUCCACCACUUUGUUAAUGGAAAAUGCUCUUGUAAUGACUAUUGGUGAAAAUGAUAUGAUUAUUUUUAAGGUUUAUAUUCAAUACAUUAUCACAAUUACGAGCAGUCAAGCUUC